CAAAUUAUAUCCAAGCCAUUUGGAAUAUCAAAUAUAAAUGCAUGUAACUUGUUAAUAGUUUUUCCAUAAUUAAGGCACAAUUUAUUUUCUUGAAACUUCUUCUGCAACCUUAAUUUGAUCUUUAAUUUUAUUGUGUUGAAGAAACAAUUAGUCGAAAAUGGCAGCAAUGCCUCAAGCACAAGAUCCUCCUUCCGUGAUCAAAUUCAACAACAAAAACAAGAAGCUUAUCACCAUCCUUAGCAUGGAUGGUGGUGGAGUUCGCGGUCUUAUACCUGCUAUUAUUGCUAGUUUCCUCGAGCAACAACUUCAGAAAUUGGAUGGUGAGGAUGCAAGAUUAGCAGAUUAUUUUGAUGUGAUUGCUGGAACAAGUACUGGUGGUAUAGUAGGUGCUAUGUUAACAGCACCAGAUGAAAAUAAUCGCCCUCUUUAUGCUGCCAAGGAUAUCAUCCCUUUUUAUCUAGAACACUCCCCUAAGAUAUUUCCGCAAGAAAGCGGAGUAUUUAGCCUUUUCAAAUCAAUGACAGGGCCUAAAUAUGAUGGCAAAUAUCUGCAUAAUUUGCUGAGAAAAGAUUUAAAAGAGAUGAAGCUCCAUCAAACUUUAACAAACCUCAUUAUUCCAGCUUUUGAUAUCAAGUUGCUCCAACCAGUUAUUUUUUCUUCUUUCAAGAUACCAGCUCAACCUUCUAUUGAUGCAAAGCUAUCUGAUAUAUGCAUUGGCGGAUCGGCUGCCCCAACAUUUCUUCCCUCAUAUCAAUUUGGAGAUCCAAGUAUUAGGGAAUUUAACCUUAUUGAUGGUGGAAUUGUGGACAAUAAUCCGACUUUGAUAGCUAUGAUUGAAGUGAGCAAACAAAUGAUAAAGGAAAACCCAAAUGCUCACCGCAUGCAUGAUGGAAGGUUGCUAGUGAUUUCAAUAGGGAGUGGAUCAGCAAAGAAUGAGGAAAAAUAUAAUGCUAAAAUGACAGCAAAAUGGGGGCCUCUUUCUUGGAUUAUGAAUGGUGGAUCAACUUCUAUUAUAGACUGUCUCUUUGAAUCUGGAGGUGAUAUGGUUGAUCUUCACAAUAGUGUUCUUUUUCAGGCUACUCAAACCCAAGAUAACUACCUUCGUAUUCAAGAUAAUAGCUUAACAGGAGUAGCAACAUCACUAGAUAUAUCAACAAAAGAGAACAUGCAAAAUCUGGUGAAAAUUGGUCAAGAGUUGCUCAACAAACCAGCUUCACGAGUUGAUCCUGAAACUGGAUUUCUCAAAGCUAUUCAAGACAUGGGCACCAACGCAGAAGUCCUCACAAGGCUAGCAGAACGACUCUCAGAAGAAAGGAAAUUCCGGAAGAGCCAAAACUGAACCAGAUAGAAGUUUACACUAUAAAAAAUUCCUGUG